AUGUCCAUCUCGGCCCUGCCGCUGCUGCUGCUGCUGGGGGUGGUGGUGGUGGGAGCCCAGCAGGAGAGGACCAUCUGCGCGGGCAUCAACGGGAUCCCCGGUCAGCCCGGAGCCCCGGGGCAGCACGGGACCCCUGGGGCCCCCGGGAGGGACGGCAGAGACGGCGUUACCGGAGCACCCGGAGCCAAGGGAGACCUCGGGGCUCGAGGCUUGACUGGGGACCCAGGUCUGCCAGGAAAGCUGGGCCCUCUUGGCCAACCGGGGCGCGCGGGGACUCCGGGAGUCGGAGGUGAGCAGGGCGAAAGAGGCGAGAAAGGCGAGCAGGGAGAGAGCGGCGUGGGGCCCAGGUCGGCCUUCUCUGCGAAGGUCGGCGCUUACACGCCGGCGGCCGGCUCCCCCGUGAGGUUCAACGUCAUCAUCACCAACCCGCAGGGCCAUUACAACCCCGGCACGGGGAAGUUCACCUGCGGCCACUCAGGCGUCUACUAUUUCACGCUGUACGCGCACCCCGGUGAAGAGCACCUCGUGGUUAUGAUCAUGAAAAACGGGAAGGUCAUCUCUAAGAUAUGUGGUAUAAAAUACACCGCAAUAAGUGGCAGUGUCGUGCUGAGUCUCAAAGCUGGCGACGAGGUGUGGCUGGAGAUGGAGGCUCCGUACAUUCAUUUUCACAUUGACGCGCACAGAGACGCCGUGUUCAGCGGCUAUAUUUUGUACUCCGAGUGAAUCGUUUUUGUAUCCAUCGGCGCGUUUGGGAAAACAGAUUGGGAACACAUUAACACACACGUGCAUGUACACCCCCCCCCACCCCACCACCGUGAUAUACAAAGCUUUUGGGCAACAUCUCAGAAAAAUACCCGGCAAAAAUCUGCAAAUAUACUCAGCUUGCCCAUUGCUGUGGUAAUGACUGUAAAUUUUUGGAUGUGAGAUGUUCUCACCAGAGGCAAAAUAGGCCCGACUCUUAUUCUCAGCCACCUCUCUCCUUGUCAGCCAGGGUGUCUGGGCGAAUAUGAAUCGGUUAGACAAUGCAGAGAGACAUAGCCGCUUGCACCAACUGAAAAAGUCCUGAAACCUCACCAAUUUCACAUCCGGCAUCGGCAGUGAAGGGGGAAAUAUUCCAAUUCCAGCUGAUAGCUGAGAGUUGCUCAUUUCUAACAUGGGAGAGAGAGGAGAGGGGAUACAUUUUCUCUCCCGUGCAAUUCUCUCAAUAUUUUGUAUCAGACGGCAACAGAAAGAAGGACGAUAACUCGAUCUGGAAUACUGAGAAUCUUAACAAGAUUUGGAAUGUAGUAACUAUGCCUUGGUUCGUUACGCACAAGGACGUAAACCAACUGUGGCGGAUAACAAUUUAUUGACAAGCAAGUACAACCAACUCUUCAAAACUAUCGGCAACAAUAAUAACACGUGUCUACAGAACCCUGCAGUUCACCGACUUCACACAGCGACCCCGCGUGUCGACAAUGACGGAACACCGCGUCGACUUACACAUGUAAUAAAGGACUUCCAGGCGAUGUCGUUCAACGUGUCCUUUAUUGGGUUCUUGCUCACACCCUGCGAAGUCUCCGCUCCGACCCGCACCUGUUCCUCCUCGCGCCUCCGCGCUCCACGCUGUCUCCCACUCGCUCUCUCUCUGCAGCCACACCGCUGCCUGUGUGCUCCCGCACACUCCGCAGCCGCCCUGCUGCUCCCCGUUACUCCGCACCAACAGCAUCCACUCCGCUGCCCCGUGCGCUCUCCGCGUACUCUGCAGUCUCCCCGCUGCUCCACGCGCACCGC